AUGACUCCCGGCGAGACCGCCGUCGCGGACGUCUCCAAGGACGGCGCUUUCGUCCGUAAGGAUGCCAUCUUCCGCAACAGGAUCACUCCCGACGGUCCGUACACCCCCGAGAGCGGGCGGUACCACCUCUACGUCUCCUACGCGUGCCCGUGGGCGUGCCGCACGCUCUCCCUGCUCCACCUCAAGGGACUCACCCAGCACGUCACGGUCUCGUCCGUGCACCCCACGUGGCAGCGCACGAGGCCCGACGACCCGGACGAUAAGCACGCCGGAUGGUGCUUCGUGGGCACAGACGGCGCGUCCGUCUCCGGGCCCUCGGGCGUCGGUUCGUUCCCCGGCGGACCGUCGUAUAACUGUACCCCGGACCAUCUCUUCGAAAGUACAUUCGUUCGCGACGUGUACGACCGAGCCAUGGGCGGCGCGGCGGUUGGCACCCGAUUCACGGUGCCCAUCCUGUGGGACAAACAGACGAACACGAUCGUGAGCAACGAGAGCAGCGAGAUCAUCCGCGACCUCAACUCGCAGUUCAACGCGUUCGCGGACAACAAGGAGCUGGACCUGUACCCCGAGGCGCUCAGGCCCGCCAUCGACGAGGUCAACGAGUGGGUGUACCACGGCAUCAACAACGGCGUGUACAAGUGCGGAUUCGCGACGUCGCAGGGGGCGUACGACGCCGCGGUGACCGAACUGUUUCGCUGUCUGGACAGGUGCGAAGAUAUCUUGGGUAAGCGUAGGUACAUAGCCGGCGACGUCCUGACCGAGGCGGACGUCCGGCUCUUCCCGACGCUCGUGAGGUUCGACGAGGUGUACGUGGUGUACUUCAAGACGAACAAAAAGUUCAUCCAUCAGUACCCGAACCUGUGGAACUACGUCAAGGACGUGUACCAGACACCCGGGAUGAGGCACAGCGUCAACAUGUGGCACAUCAAGACGCACUACUUCACGUCGCACCCCGUGCUCAACGCCAACGCCAUCGUGCCAAUCGGACCGGACUUGAACCUGGACGAGCCCCACGACAGGCACAGGUUCGGCGCCGCCAAGUAG